AUGGCCUCCCACCCCCGCCCACAUCUAGCCCUCAUCGGCGCCGGCAUAACCGGCACCACCCUCUCCCUGGCCCUCACCCGCCGCAACAUCCCCCACACCGUCUACGAACAGGCCGCCCACCCCACCGAGCUCGGCGCCGGGCUGGGAUUCGGCCCCAACGCGGCGCGCGCAAUGGCGAUUGCGGAUCCGCGGGUGGGGGAGGCGUUUUUGAGGGAGUGUACUAAGAGGGAUGUGCGGAGGGGUGCUGAGGGGGAGGGGGAGGCGGUGUGGAUUGAGUUUUUGGAUGGGACGGUUGAUUGGGAUGGGGGUGUGGGGGGGGCUGGAGCCCGGGUUUAA